AUUACCGUCGAUCAGUUUCGGCUAGUACUCUACAGUGCACUACAAGUACUUUAAGCGCACGAACGCCGCUCCCUCCAUCGACUGCGAUCACAGCAACAGCUCGAAUCGGAAACAAUUAGCCCCUAGAAGUGUGCUCGUAUGUAAUAAGAGCAAACAGGUUUCUGUUAGAUUAUAGAUGCCUUUGUGAUAACAAUGUACCUUCGUGUGAUCAGUGCGUGUUUUGUUUUGUCGAUUAUUUUAAGUAGUGCUCUUGGAUUACGAGCCCAAGCAUUUAUCGACUACGUCGCAGGAAUCGAUGAUGAAAUACAUCCACCGCCAGCCAAUUUGGCCGAUAGAGAAAAACCGCGCCAAAAGCGUGUAAUCUCCACGUCAGAUUACGAAAAAACUGCUAAAUUCUGGAAAGUUGGCGCUCAACUGAAACUAAAGGAACAACUGUUGAAGCGCUCUAAUCGAAAUGUGGCCAAGAACGUUAUAUUCUUCCUGGGUGAUGGAAUGUCCAUUCCGACACUGGCUGCUAGCCGUAUGUAUCUAGGUCAACUACAAGGACAAUCAGGCGAAGAAGCACAACUUUCCUUCGAGGAGUUUUCUGAUGUUGGUUUAGUCAAGACUUACUGUGUGGAUAAACAGGUCGCGGAUUCAGCCUGUUCAGCGACCGCUUAUUUGUGCGGGGUGAAGGCCAACUACGCGACAAUCGGUGUGACAGCGGCGGUUAACUACAAUAAUUGUGCCGGGAGCAGCAACCCAAAGAACCACGUGGAUUCUAUUAUGAGCUGGGCCCAAGCAGCCGGAAAAGCUACCGGUAUCGUGACCACGACGAGGGUAACGCAUGCUAGUCCAGCCGCUACUUAUGCACAUGUGGCUAGCCGAGAUUGGGAGUGCGAUGCAGAUGUGUCUGCUAAACAUGGAAAUCCCGCGCAGUGUCAAGAUAUUGCAGCACAGUUGAUAAGAAACGAUCCAGGAAAGAACUUCAAGGUCAUACUAGGAGGAGGGCGGCGAAAAUUCAUACCUAAAGGUGAAAAGGACCUGUCAGGAAAGUCCGGUCAACGUUUAGAUGGCACAAACCUGAUCUCGGAAUGGUACUAUAGUAAACCUCUAGGCUCGGCCAGAUACGUUACCAAUCGGCAAGAACUGCUCGGGGUCAACUUUAACGAAACCGAAUAUCUGAUGGGACUCUUUCAACCUGAUCAUCUCAAAUAUAACUUAGAUAGUGACUACAAUAAAGAUCCAACCUUAAGUGAUCUAACGUAUGCCGCCAUCAAAACCCUUGAGAAGAAUCCCGCAGGUUAUGUUUUAUUUGUAGAAGGUGGCAAAAUUGAUUUGGCACACCAUGAAACAAAGGCACGAAAAUCUUUGGACGAAACCAUACAACUGUCGGAAGCUGUUCUACUUGCAACGCAAGAAACCAAUGCGGAUGAUACUUUGAUUGUGGUCACAGCAGAUCAUUCGCACACGAUGUCUAUGGCCGGAUACUCCAAACGUGGCCAUGACAUUUUGGGAAUCAGCAGCUCCGCCAAGGAUAGCAAUAAGAAACCUUAUACGACGCUAGCUUAUGCGAAUGGCCCUAGAGGUCCCCCACUUAAUAAAGGAGGAAAUCUGAAUGAUUUAACAGAAGAAAUGGUUGCCGAUAAGGAUUUCCAAUAUCCGAAGCUGAUUCCCAUGAAGUAUGAAACGCAUGGUGGCGAUGACGUCGCACUAUUUGCCUAUGGUCCAUGGUCACAUCUGUUCAGAGGGAUGUAUGAGCAGAAUGUGAUACCGCACCUGAUCGGGUAUGCAGCUUGCAUCGGCGAAGGUUUAACCGCUUGUAAGGCUUAGUUAGUUACAUUUUACCUUAUGUGAUUCAUUUUUAUCUGCUUGAUGUUCUAGUCGAAAAUAAAAUUUCGUAACAAGUGUUACCAA